AUGGCUUCGAAACGCAGCUACGAAGCUUCCGAGGUCCACGACGCCGCGCAGCCCGCGUCUAAACGGAGCAAGAAUAAAGCGCGCGACCACCAAAACGCCCACAUCGACCCGACAUGGGGACAGAAGUACGUCUUCUCGUCCGCCGCGGGCUCGACGACGGUGCCCGUUGACCCGGAGCUGGAGUUUGAGGAUGAUGGAGAUGCCAUGGCGUAUCUCAAGUCAGUAAGGACGCAAGCAAACGGCAUACCGCACCUCCUUGUCGCGCCAAAAGUACCGAUCGGCCCGCAACUACCAAAAGAGCUCCAAUACAAGGACGGUGACGUGGAGGGAGGCGAAGCCGCGGAGGAGGAAGAGGAGGAUCGCGACAUUUACACUACUGGCCAAGGCGACUUCAGAGGAUACUACGCCGACGGUGCCUACACAGCAAGACCUGAUGACUGGGACAAGCCCCACGCGAACCGCCAUAACGACGAAGUGGAAGAAGGCGAAUGGCCCGGAAAUGAAGGCGUCUACGGCGCUGAAGACGAAGACGCAGACGCCGAUCCCGAGGCGGCCAUACGCGAAGCCUACUUUGCCGCGAUCCUCUCCCGCUUCAAGACCCUGCGCAGAACCCUCCACGCCGUGCCCCCGCCCCAUGCCAUCGCCGCCCUACGCCCGGGGACUCCGCACGACUUCCGCGUCGGCGCCUUCGCGCCCAAGUCGGCCACGUACGCGAUCUGGUCUAAGCGCUUACGCGACGCGGACCCGCUGCCCGCGCAGGUCGCCUCCAUGGAUAAAGACGGUGUACUGCGCGUGCUGCGCGUGCUCCUGGGCGGCGGUGCCUUCCUGCGUCGCGGGAGCGAGCUGAGGGAGCGGACGAGCCGCUGGCUCUGGGCGCUGCUGGCGCGGCUGCCGGAGCGCGGGGAGCUGAACCACGUCGAGGUCGGGUGGGUUCGGGAUCUGGGGCGGAGGGCGGUGCUGAUGAUGCAGAGCCUUGCGGAUAUGGCGGCGUUGAGGGAUGCUUUGGAGGGGGAGGGGAUGGAUUUGGGGGUUCAUGAUGCUGUUGACGAGAGCUCCGAUGACGAGGAUGCGUUGAGGGAGAUGGAGGUUGACGAGAGGGAUGGCGAAGAGAAGGAAGAGGAGGCGGGGACACCGGGUGGUAAGACUCAUGCCCAGGCCGAGAUAUUGAGGCAUGAAGAGGACGCUGCGGCAUCCAACGAUUCAGUCGGCGAUGACAAGCGCGGUGGCGACCGCGACGGCGACAUUGAGGAUGGAGAGAUUGACGACGAUGGAAAAUCAGAGCCAAUGGACGUCUCCGAAGACGGCGAAAUAGACGAGGGCGAGGUCGUUGAAGAUGAAGAACCGGCACAAGCUGAAACGCUCGAGGAAGCGCGAGCUCGACUCCUAGCCCAGCUGGACACGGCAGCGGCCGUUGAAGAUGCGCCGUCAGAGGCUCCCUCAGAGGAACCGACGGCCGCAAGGAGCGCCUGCAAUGGGCCGACUACUACCGCAUGA